AUGAUUUUUUCAUUAUACAUAAUUAAUAAAGCUGGUGGUCUUAUUUAUCAAAAAGAUUUUAAUGAAGGUUUAGCAAAAUUAUCUGCUAAUGAAUAUUUAGUGCUGGCUGGUACUCUUCAUAGUGUGCAUGCAAUCACUUCGCAAAUUUCACCUGUUAGAAAUUCCACAUCUUCAGGUUUAGAAGUACUAGAAGCCGACACAUUUAAAUUAUACUGUUAUCAGACUUUAACAGCAGAUCCAGCACAUCCAAGUAUCGAUGUGCUCUUGCAUCGUACAUAUGUUAUUUAUAGUGAUUAUGCAAUGAAAAAUCCUUUUUAUACACCUGAGAUGCCUAUUCGUAGUGAAUUAUUUGACUUGAAUUUAUUAAAAUUGAUUAAACAAUUUGGUGGGGUAUAA